GCGCGCACAGGCUGAGAAGGUAAAUACAACAGACUCAAGAUAUCGGCGCCUUCACAUCAGAAACCAAGAGGCACACAAGUAACUGAGAGCUCCAAAAAACAAGCACAUCCAAGAACCUCACCAGAUCUGUCUCCUCAUUCUGCAUUAAUCAUGGUGGACAAAAUGGCCUCUUUUGGACAUGCGCUGCUGCGCCGUCGUAUGCUGGACUGCUCUGGGGACGAAACAAGGUUCGCCCGAUGUCUGUCCACUCUAGAUCUGGUGGCGCUCGGCGUGGGCUCCACACUUGGCGCUGGAGUCUAUGUGUUGGCUGGGGAGGUUGCAAGAGAGAAGGCAGGUCCUGCUAUCGUCUUAUGCUUCCUUGUGGCUGCACUUUCCUCCAUGCUGGCCGGACUGUGCUAUGCAGAGUUCGGCGCACGAGUCCCUAAGACUGGAUCUGCGUACUUAUACAGCUACGUGACAGUGGGAGAAAUCUGGGCCUUCAUCACUGGUUGGAACCUCAUCCUCUCAUAUGUUAUAGGUACAGCUAGUGUGGCGCGAGCGUGGAGCUCUACGUUCGAUAAUCUGGUCGAGCAGAAGAUCUCUAACUUCUUCAGGGCGUCUAUGGCCAUGAAGGUUCCUGGGAAAGUUCUUGCAGAAUAUCCGGACCUGUUUGCCCUCAUUCUCAUCCUGCUACUCAGUGGACUGCUUGCUUUUGGUGUAAGUGAAUCUGCUCUGGUAAACAAGAUCUUCACUGGGAUCAACCUGAUAGUGCUGGGCUUUGUCAUCAUCUCUGGGUUUGUCAAAGGCAACACAGCCAACUGGAACCUCACAUAUGAGGACUUCGUCAAUGAUACAAAUAUCACCGACCCAGAAUGGGUAGAAAGCACAUUUGGAAGUGGAGGUUUCGCACCGUUCGGCUUUGGCGGCAUCUUAUCCGGCGCAGCCACCUGUUUCUACGCCUUUGUGGGCUUUGAUUGCAUUGCUACAACAAGUGAGGAAGCCAAGAACCCGAAGCGCUCCAUCCCUGUGGGCAUUGUGGCCUCUCUGCUCAUUUGCUUCUUUGCUUACUUUGGUGUGUCAGCUGCACUUACGCUCAUGAUGCCCUACUACAAACUCAACACCCAGAGUCCCCUGCCCGAGGCCUUCAGUUACGUAGGAUGGGCACCGGCACGCUAUAUCGUAGCCGUCGGUUCACUCUGUGCCCUUUCGACAAGCUUGUUAGGUUCUAUGUUCCCUAUGCCUCGAGUGAUCUACGCUAUGGCAGAGGACGGGCUGCUCUUCCGUUCCCUCUCCAAGAUGAACAAGAAAACCAAAACUCCUCUGCUGGCGACUAUUGUGUCUGGAAUAGUGGCAGCUCUCAUGGCGUUUCUGUUUGAUUUGGCUGCUUUGGUUGAUCUCAUGUCCAUUGGGACACUGCUUGCAUACUCUCUGGUGGCCGUGUGUGUUCUCAUCCUCAGAUAUCAGCCAGGCACCCUGAACUCUUCCAGUCAGACUGAGAAACUGGUGGAACUGGUCGGUGGGGAGAAGGUGGCUGUAUGUGGAGAUAGUGGAGAUGAAUAUGGCAUAGACCUGGAUGACAAUCCCCGCAAAGAGAAAUUCUCCCUGAAACUCCUCCUGGUUCCUUCCAAGGACUCGCCGACUGAAAUGUCAGGAACUAUUGUCUACGUCACAACCGCUGUUAUCUCUGUGCUGAUCACUGUGCUGUGCAUGGUUUUGGCGCUGCGUCUGGAAGCCAUCAUGAAUCUCGAGAUCGUGUGGGUGACGACGUGUGUCAUUCUGGUCCUGCUGUGCAUCCUGUGUGUCAUUGUGAUCUGGAGGCAGCCUGAGAGCAAAGAAGCUCUCACCUUCAAGGUGCCUCUGUUGCCCUGUCUUAAUCACAUCAGUACAUUUAUCAACACCCAUCUAAAGAUUCAUCUUUACAUCCCCAACAUCAACCGCUUCACCGUCUGGAUGGCUAUCGGUUUUGCAAUCUACUUUGGAUACGGCAUCCGGAACAGCACCGAGGGCAUAAACAGCUCCCUCCGAAAAUACGAGCCAGCCCUUCAAAACAAAAGCCCCAUAUACAUAGGCGGUGAGGAGAGUGAAGUGGAUUGCAUUUCUCCUUGAUAGGAAGAGAAUGAUGGGCAUGCUGCCCUACGUAUUUUUGUUGAAGUCUGCAGAUUUAUUGUAAAAAUCAUGGCUCAUUUAUUGUAGAAACUGCCCCAAGCAUCUCAAUUGCAACCCUCUCGAAAUGAACCCUAAGAGUUUUCCGUUAGAGAUUGUCGUGCAGCCUUGGCCCUCCAGUACUGUAAAUGCUGGUUUCAAAGUCCUGGCUAGUACUGUAAUUGCUGUAUUGUCUGGCAGACAAUGAGCUGACUGUGUACAGGGUAUUUUAUUUUCAGGAUCGAGCUCCAAGCACAUUGUUUGUGAGCUAAAGCCUUUGGGUCCAAAAUGGUUUCCCAGCACGAGGUUGUGAAGUGUUCAGUCCCCUAGUGUUCAGAAUUUGAAAAUGGCAAAACCGUUGGACAGUAUUUGUGCUCAUUUGUUACUGUUAGACAGAAUAAUUGAAGAAAUGAAACUGAAAAAAAAAAACUGACUGACUGACUGAAAGCUUUUAGACAUGUUCAGCUUUGCUAAAAUCCCAUGAGUUUGAGAGUUGUCCAAAGAGUGUAUGGAUAGAAAAAUGGUUUCCAUUUCCUAAGCAUGAUGGCAGUAUGCUAUUAGCACUGCUGUCUGCUGUAUGUUGGGAUAAUGUUAUUGGCCAGUGUGGUAUCAAAUGAUUUUGAUGUAUUUUACUGUGUGUGUGUGUGUGUGUGUGUGUGUGCGCGCGCGAGAGAGAGAGAGAGAGAGAGAUUUUGAAUGGAAUAUACAAGGUUGCGCCAGAAUCUGUUCCGUUUUACAAAAUACUAAAUUAUUUUUAUAUUGACAUGUAUAGUUUACCCAUCCAACUCCUUAAACUUGAUGAUUUUUCUUUGGUAUACUGUAUAACAGUGCUACAAC